AUGCUCACAGAAGAGGAGCUCCUAACGAAAGCAGAAAUGGCAUACAGCUUGAUGGGUAUCAAGGCAUCAGACGCUUCCCCCUCCUUCGCUUUCUGCUCGUGCAAGAAACUCCGAAAUGGUGGGGUAGUAUAUAACAUGAACAGCCCGACGUCGGCCAAGUGGCUACGUUCUACCGACGUCAUGAAGACCUUUCUUGACCACUUCGGUGGUGGUAACUGCCAACUGAAGACACGUAUGUAUGCCGUUAUUGCUGAAUUUGUCCCGAUAGCCUGUCGCCCCGAUGAACCCCACUACCUUCAAAUUAUUGAAUCACGCAACAACUAUGACCCAGGUGACAUCAAAAGUGCGCAAUGGAUUAAGCCUCCGGAACGCCGAUCUGAAGGCCAACGUAAAGCCUACCUCAUUAUCCGUUUCACUAACCCAAAAUCAGCAAACUCUGCACUCAGAAAGGGCCUGAUUAUCGCAGAAACUGACAUUUCAGCACAGAAACUCAUUCCAGAGCCCCGCAGAUGCCUCAAAUGUCAAAAGAUAGGAGUCCCAGACUUUAGUGCAGACUGCAAAUCCAUCCAUGACACGUGCGGUAAGUGUGCCUCUGUCGGGCACAGAACAGCUGACUGCCAGGAACUUGACCCAACCAACUACGACUAUGCUAACUGCCAAGCCACGCAUCGCCCAGACUGGAAGGGGCAUGCCACUUGGGACCGUUUAUGUCCCAUCUUCCUAAAAGAGUGGAAGAAGAUGAUGGACCACCUCCCAGAGAGCAAGUACCGUUUCUUCCCAACUGCUGACCCCACUUCAUGGGAACAGAUACACGAGGUUACGCCAGCUCAUCCAAUGGCCCACACAACUGCAUUCCCAGCUCAUACAAUGACUAGCACCCAACCUUUGCAGUCCCGAGCUAAGCAGAAGUAUCCACAAAGCUGGGCAGACGAUGAGCCCCCAGUUACCUUUCACUUUCAGAAUGGCAACAAACGACCCUCGCAAGCUCAGCGGAAGCAAGCAUACCAAGCAUCCCAGGGUCGUCACGAUACUAACCAAACACUAAUCUAUGACCAUCUCAACCAAGCUGGCUCCUCCGAAGCAGCACAUGACGGCCGCUCCCAACAAUCUCUAGACUAUGCCUGA